GCGGCGGGGAGCAGGUGCCGAGGCUGAGCCCCGUGUCUGCCCGCCCGCUCCCGAGCCGCUGGGCAGCUGAUGCCUGCGGUCCAGACUGCCCACCCAUGGCUCUGAUCUCCUCCGCCGCCCCCUCGACCCCCAGCCCGGGACACUCGGCCUCUCCGUCGGGAGCAGGGAUGCUGGCUUUCCUCCUGGCAGGCUGUGCCGGCCACGUGCCGUCUCCUCGGAGUAUUUCCCAGGCGUGUGUCCCUGCCUCGCUGGGUCACUGAGCCCUCCGUAGUCCGUGAAAAUCACAGCCACCCUGCUUCAUCGGGAUCCUUCAGUUCUGCUGACUCUUUGGCUUCCUGGUCUUUGCCCACCCUGUUCCUUGACCACAUCCUGUCCAGACCUUGCUCUUGACUAACCCUGCCCUUUCGGAGGCUUCGGGAAGAGCAGACAGCGUCACUCGGAGGUACAGGCAGAGUUUGUCCUCGUUCCGUAGGAUACUGGCUGCAGCGGCAUCGAUUCGGGAGCCAUGGGCCGCCGGCUCAUCCAUGGUGUCUCUGGAGCCGCACUCUUCCUUGCCAGUGUGGCUCUCCUCUCUGUGUGGCACCGUGGGGCUCGGGAAGCAGCUCGGUACCCAGGGCUCUGGGAGGGGAUGUUGGAGAAGCCAGAGCAACAGAGAGAAGGGAGCCCAGAGGGAGCUGGUGGCAGGGGGCAGAAGGACCUCAAACUCCAUCCUCCGGAGGUAUACAGGACUGAGGGCAGCCUGACGCUUGGGGACAUCUUCAUAGCUGUGAAGACAACCAAGAGGUUUCACCAGAGCAGGAUGGAGCUGCUCCUGGACACGUGGAUAUCCCAGGUCAGCGAACAGACCUACAUCUUCACUGAUGAAGAAGACGGUGCCUUGAAAAGCAGAAUGGGUGGCCAUGUGAUCUUCACCAACUGCUCUGCUGAGCACAGCCACCUGGCGCUGUCCUGCAAAAUGGCUGCAGAGUUCGACGCCUUCCUGGCCAGCGGUCUGAGCUGGUUUUGCCACUUGGAUGAUGACAACUACCUGAACCCUCGGGCGCUCCUGAAGCUCUUGUCCUCCUACGCGGAGACGUGGGAUGUUUACCUGGGCAAACCCAGCCUGAACCGACCCAUCUGGGCCUCUGAAACGCUGCCAAACAACCAGACAAAACCCGUGCACUUCUGGUUUGCCACAGGAGGGGCUGGGUUCUGCAUCAGCCGUGAGCUGGCAAGGAAGAUGGUGCCCUGGGCCAGUGGCAGGAACUUCCUGAGCACUUCCGAGCUCAUCCGCCUGCCGGAUGACUGCACCGUGGGUUACAUCAUCGAGUGCAAAGUCGGUGGGCAGCUGAUUCCCAAUACACUCUUCCACUCCCACCUGGAGAACCUGCAGCUCAUCCCCACCUCUCAGCUCGUGCAGCAGGUCACCCUCAGCUAUGGUGUGUUUGAGAACAAGCUCAAUGUCAUUGAGCUCAGCGGCCCCUUCUCGCCCCAGGAGGAUCCCUCAAGCAGGUUUCGAUCCCUCCACUGCCACCUCUACCCCGACACUUCCUGGUGCCUGCAGGCUGUUGGCUGGUGAUGCCUGAGCCCCAGCUACAGCGGAUCCAGGUGACACCCUGGAGGGAGUGGGAGACUGAAGAAGCUUGGUGCUCCCAAUUUCACCUUCACUGUGGUGGUUUUGGGGCUCUGUGGUGGCUUUCUUGUGCCUCGCUCAAUACCGGUGACACAGGACAAGAGACAAGGUCUGAUCCAAAGAUGGAUAAGAUGGGCUGGACACAUGAAUGAGCUUCUCAGCCGUGCUGGGCUGUGUGCAAGGGAUGGCAGCAGUGUGCCUGCUGAGCACAUUGAGGAUCGGACAGUGACUGCUGGCCACCUGGGUAGAGAUGAGGACUUGCUGCUGCUGCUCUGUGCCCUGGCUGGCAGUCUUGCUGGAUUGGAAGGGCCCUGUGUGUUUAUACCUGGUAUAUAUAUAUAUGUGUGUAUACCAGCUCCUGGUGGGUGGCAGCACGUCAUGGCUCCAGACUCUCUGAGCAGGGCCUCUUCCUCCAUAUCCGUGCUUUACCUACUGCCCACACUUGCAGCCACAGACCUGCUGAGUCUCUGCAUAGUCAAAGUCUAUAGAAAUGGAAAAUGUGACCAUUUCUGUGCUGAAUGAAUCCUGGAGGGGCAUAGUCCUUGCUCAACAGAGGGGAGAUGGGCAGGAAGUACAAAGCAUUAGGAAUUCCCUACUCUGCUGGGACAAAAGGGAGGGCAUGGGGUAAGGGAGCCAGGAGGAAACUGAGUGAGCUGGGGAUGGUUCCCGCAUUGAAUGUUGAAGGUUCGAUCUUGUAUGGUGCUGCAUUAUUCCUCUCCUUUUACCUUCUUGAUGUGGGGUCAGGAUAAUCUCUUGCUCUAAUUACCAACCUGUCGUCUGAGAUUAGACUCCAGCUCCUAUCUGUGAGAAGAGACAUAAAGGAUUAGAACUGCCUGGAAGAGAGGAGAAAGGAAGAGAUGGAGAAGGAGCGCUUAGGAGCGGAUUAGAGGUUACAGCUUUAUAAUCUUUUCUGUCCCCAACCACAAAAAUUGAGUCAUGAAGGAAUGGAAACAGCAAGGCAAAGAGCUUUUUAUCUCUGUGGGUCUUUCCUCCAGAUGCUAAUAGCGGCUUUCUGCCUUCCUGCUCUCCCUGCUGAGCGCAACAGGGGGAAGGAGUGGACCCAAACAGGUUACAAGGUUUCUGGCAUGUCUGUGAAGGGUUCUUUUCGCAAUACAGUGCCCAGUGUGAAAGCUGGGCAAUGGUCCUUGCUGGGGAAUGAACUUUGGCAUCAUUUUGUCCUUGUACCCACAGUUAAGUGGCUGGGGGAGGGUUUUUCAGGAAAAGCUGGAAGGCAAAAGAGGCUGUUUUAAAUGGCAGGUGGUGCCACAAACAGGUAUUUUUCUUGAAAGAGCAUUUCAAAACAGACUGCUGGGAUCUGUGAGAGAUCCUGUAAUCUCCAGAUGAAAGGACAAAUGCCCUUUCUCUAAAGAGCUGUUCAGCUUUGAUGCUGCUGAUGUGACUAAGCCUGCUGCUGGUGGGCUGGAAGAGCCAAAGGGGACUGUCACUGUGGCUUUGCUGUUUUGAAAACUGGCCACUUUGUCACCUCCUUCCACCCCCAAGCACCAGCAUCUCCUACACAGUGCACACAAAGUUUAAAGGAAAGGCGUCAGAAAGACCUUCCACCUCUGCAAAGGGGGAAUCUAGAAAGGAACAAGCACUUUAAUUUCUGGAAAAAACAGAAGGCAGGAGCCUGUAGAGCUGUUUUUCAACCUGGCCAUUCUUACUGGCAUUUAGUCAGCUCGUGUAGCAGCACACAUCCUUGCUUUCUUCUGUUGCACAACAGGCCUUUGAAGUAGAAGCUCAUCCUGAGCAGGCACAGGAGCAAGCUGAUGCCAGUGAUCAUUCCUCGAGUUGUGGAAAGCCCUUGGCUCACGUGGCUAUGCCAGCCAAGAAUCUACGUGGCACAAAACAGAGACACAGCUGUUGGAAAAGAGUUGCAGCACCAAGAAGUCCUGCCCCACAGUGGCUGGGCUUGAACGUAGCCAGAAGAUGAAAUACAGUUUUGUGAGAAAGAAUGAGUUUUCAAGAGAAACCUACACUACUUGGAUAUAUCAUUUUUCCCUAUUCAUCUUUUCAGCUGAUGUUAAUAGAGACUUUGAGCUAAAAAGCUGGUCCUGUCUGUAGAUGUCCUGGUGACAAUCAGAGCAAAAUGCAAUUCAUGUGAGGAAACUGGUACAGCAGCUUCACUUCCCUGGGGUAAAAGCAAAGCAGAGAAACUGAAAGCUUGCUUUGGAUCCUGGAUUCAGUUGGUCUGAAUUGACCUGGUGCCUUUUGCAUGGCUGAAGAUCAGAUGUUUAAUGGGUUGAAUCCUUGAGUGGCUGCAUGGGGACCUGUUUAAGACUGGGUUUCAUUGCUGGAGCAGUUAAGUGCCACUUUUGUGGAAAAUGUCUUGUCUCAUAAGGAAACAGAACAGAUGAGAAGAUGUCUGGGGCAGGGCAGCUCUUGGGCCAUAGAGAAAUGAAUGACAGAAAAGUCCUGCUAUGCCUGUGACGACAGUACUCUGGAAAGAAAAUAGCUUCUGAGUUGACAAAAGAAACCAGGUUUUCUCUAAGAACAGAGAGACAGCUUAAUGGGACGUUCACCACAUGAAAUCUGAUCAACGCUAAAACAUGAGUUAAAAUUAGUUUCAGGAAUGGUUCCUGCCCCUGGGGCUUGCUGUCAGAUGUUGUGGUUUUACAAUCUCAUUUUCCUAGUUUAUUAAAAUGUUUAGCUGCUUGGGAAAAUGAGAAACAAUCUCAUGUGAAACUUUUCAGGGGGCUGUCUUUUUUUAUUCUCUUUCUCUUGAUAUAACAAAGAUUUUGGAAAGGUUCCGCUGGGUCUAUUAAAUUUGUAUUUUCUCUUUUUUUUUUU